AUGAAGGCGUUUGAUGCAAAUGUUUCAAAGUUAGCGCAAGAAGUGGAAAGCCAAGUGUUGGUUAGGGUGGAGACUGUGGUAACAAGUAAGGUAGAUGAGUUGAAAGAAAUCAUAACCGGGAUUCAAGGCAAGAAGGAUGCACGACGGUGCACAUAUAAGGAUUUCAUGGCAUGUAAGCCUACAACUUAUAAUGGAGAAAUUGAUCCCAUUGAAUCUCAAAGAUGGAUAGCUAAUAUGGAGGGAGUGUUCAUUAUAAGUCAUUGUGAUAAAGAAGAUCAAGUCAUGUUUGCCACGGGGCAACUUUUACGAAGGGCUAAGGAUUGGUGGGACACGUAUAGUAAAGAGAUUGGCGAAGAUAGGGUUCAAACCUUGACUUGGCAAGAAUUCAAGCAACCUUUUAUCAAGUAUCAUUGUCCACAAUCAGCCGUGGAUCGAAUCCAAGAAGACUUCCUCCGGCUCCGACAAAAGGAUGAAUCAAUUGAUGAGAUCACGAAUGCUUUCUUUAAUCAGCUGAAGUUUUGUGGAGAAAUAGUCGGAACAGAAAGGAAGAAGAUUAUCCGUUAUCAUAGCAUGCUUGAGGCUGAAUAUCGGGAGUUUAUAACUCCUUCUAAAUGUGAAACUUUGGACGAGAUUAUUGACCUGGCAAGGGAUAGGGAAAUUGAGAUAAAGAGGCAGGCUGAGCGCGGGGAGAAAAGGCAAGUUGAGAAGGGAUCAACACAAGGUUCUUCCAAGAAACCUAAGACAAACAAGCAAGGAAAGAAAGAAGCUUCUAAGGGAGGGUUCCCACGAUGUAAAACGUGUGGAAAACCCCAUUCGGGAGAAUGCUUGUUGGGAAAGAAGGGAUGUUACAACUGCGGGCAAGAAGGGCAUCCAUAUUACAAUUGCCCAAACCCAAGAGAGUAUGCUACAACUGUAACGAAUCGGGCCAUGUGA